GAUGGAGCUGGGAUGCAGGCUCUGGGAGGCCAGCGAAGGGGAAGGGGUGUCCCCAGCGCCCACUCCUCCGUUCCACAUGCCCGGGCCAGGCCCGCGGCUGCCCGCCUCCGCUCCUCCUCCACUGGGCUCAUAUAUGCAGAGACACACAGGCACGCGCUCAUCUAUGCAGCCCCACACACGGAUCCCACACGCACCCUGGAGCGGAUGUGCCCAGACCUCGGUCCUCUCGCCACCCACAUUUCCCUUCACGCGUCCCCUGGUGGAGAAGGAGGGUGCCAUCGGCACCCCGGCUGCACUCAGGCCGUCAGUCCCGGUGAGAGGGAGGAUGGAAGGCAGCCCCCUCUGAAUCUAGUUCUAGACUCAUCUAGAAUCUACAAGCGUCUCGUUAGUGCCUUCAUGCCGCUCCUGCCUCAUUCUUGUCUUCGAGUGGGGAAGAUGACGUCGGUGGCCAAGGUGUACUACAGUCAGACCACUCAGACGGAGAGCCGGCCCCUCGUGGGCCCAGGGGUCCGACGGCGGAGGGUCCUGACGAAAGACGGCCGCAGCAACGUCAGAAUGGAGCACAUCGCCGACAAGCGCUUCCUGUACCUCAAGGACCUGUGGACGACCUUCAUCGACAUGCAGUGGCGCUACAAGCUUCUGCUCUUCUCCGCGACCUUCGCGGGCACCUGGUUCCUCUUCGGCGUGGUGUGGUACCUGGUGGCCGUGGCCCACGGAGACCUGCUGGAGCUGGGCCCCCCGGCCAACCACACCCCCUGCGUGGUGCAGGUGCACACGCUCACGGGGGCCUUCCUCUUCUCCCUCGAGUCCCAGACCACCAUCGGCUACGGCUUCCGCUACAUCAGCGAGGAGUGCCCGCUGGCCAUCGUGCUGCUGAUCGCCCAGCUGGUGCUCACCACCAUCCUGGAAAUCUUCAUCACGGGCACCUUCCUGGCGAAGAUCGCGCGGCCCAAGAAGCGCGCCGAGACCAUCCGUUUCAGCCAGCACGCGGUCGUGGCCGCCCACGACGGGAAGCCCUGCCUCAUGAUCCGCGUUGCCAACAUGCGCAAGAGCCUCCUCAUCGGCUGCCAGGUGACGGGCAAGCUGCUCCAGACCCACCAGACCAAAGAGGGCGAGAACAUCCGGCUCAACCAGGUCAACGUGACCUUCCAAGUGGACACGGCCUCGGACAGCCCCUUCCUCAUUCUGCCCCUCACGUUCUACCACGUGGUGGAUGAGACCAGUCCCUUGAAAGACCUCCCCCUCCGCAGCGGGGAGGGGGACUUCGAGCUGGUGCUGAUCCUGAGCGGGACGGUGGAGUCCACCAGCGCCACCUGUCAGGUGCGCACCUCCUACCUGCCCGAGGAGAUCCUCUGGGGCUACGAGUUCACGCCCGCCAUCUCGCUGUCGGCCAGUGGCAAAUACAUAGCCGACUUCAGCCUUUUCGACCAGGUUGUGAAGGUGGCCCCUCCCAGCGGCCUCCGAGACAGCGCGGUGCGCUACGGAGACCCCGAGAAGCUCAAGUUGGAGGAGUCCUUCAGGGAGCAAGCGGAGAAGGAGGGUAGUGCCCUAAGCGUGCGUAUCAGCAACGUCUGAUGGCCCGCGGCCCCACCACACCCACCCCGUCUCUCUGGUCUUUCCUCUUUCGGCAGCCCGGGUGAGGGCUGUGGAUACCCAGGCUAGCCGGAGAGCCCCCGGAAGCACCCAUUCUCCACUCCCUCCGCUUUAACCUGGCGGCCUGUGGGUAGGCGAGGCCAACUGGAGUCCGAGCUUUCCUUCCAUCGUCCCCCUUCGGCCCACCCCCACCCGUCCCCAAGACACGCAACUCCCCGACACCAGGAUGGGGGAAGGAGAGGGAAGAUUAAGGCUGAAGUGGCUCAGAACGCAUCAGCCAUGCUUGGAGACUCACAUCAGGAGGACCACGCAGUUGGAUGGAUAGACUCCCCCCCCGCCCCCCACCUCCCACCGCCACCACCACCACCGUGAAGUUUGGUGACCCGGGGCCGGAGCCCCCACCCGCCUCUCAUUUCCCACCCAGCUAGUUCCCUAAGGCAAGACUCUGAUGGUUGUUUUGGAGUCCGCGCCCUCAGAAAUACGGGAAUCCGGAAUUAAUUGAUCCUGGGUUCUCUACCAACCCCCGUCGAAAGGAGUCAGGGUCUCUUAUAGCGUAAUUUCUGCUGGCACAUUCUGACUAGAACCUUGGUCACCCCCGUUUUCCUCUUUCUAUCUUCUCCAGUGGACCCGGUCUUAGGAUACCCCGUUUUCUCACAAAGCCGCCUCUUCUCUCAGAGAAUAGAGGUUGACGGGCGCCCAUCCCGGAAUCUGAACCCUUCGGUGUGGAGUGACGAAUGCAGAGCCCUAGUCCAAAGCCCUGACCCUAUCCUCCAGACAGCCCUGGGGGGGGGAUCUGUCUCCUGUGACCCGUGGAUGGGAUGGCCCUUGCCGGUAUGUUCCCAACCCCCACGGAAAGGUCUGGAAAUGGUGUUCCAGGUACUUACAGGGCACAGAUUCCCAAGGAAAGCGACACUAACCCUACCAUGCAGGAUGAGUACAUUCUCAGACCUCCAGACUGCUGUGUGGAGCCUCUGGGAAUUGGGGGCGCUUUAUUAGGGUUUGGGCUGGGGCAGAACUCUGGCUGGUGGACACCAUUCUCCCUGUCACCCUUCUGAAGUGUCAGCUGUUUCACUAGGCAGUGCUGGGAGGGAGGGAGACUAUAUUUCCUGACCCAACCACCGGGGUCUCCCUGAGCCAUUCCCGAGACUUGGGCAAAGUGGGCACCGGUCCCAUCUCCACUCCCCUCUGCCGUGAAGAGGAAGAAGUUAAAGGGUACGCUUUAGAUCCACCUCAGGCCAGUCCUUGCUCCCUGGUGGGGACUGUGGGAGGGGCCAAGAAGGGCGUUUGGGCACCAGAAUGUUCUCUAAAGCCCCAAACCCCAAGAGUGCCUCCUGGUCUCAUUUAGGUGCCAAGGAACUGCUCCCGUGCCCCCACGGUGGCUUGGCAGAGAGUCCUUGUGCGAAUGCAGUGGCAGUUUGUUAAGAUGGACUCAGCCAACUGUUACGAGCUCCAACACUCGCACAGGCCGUGGACACGCGUCUGCGUGCCGAGCUUCGGAGAAACACACGGUUCUGAGGCUGGACCUGUGGUCACGGCUCACGCGACUGCACCAGGCCCUCUUCUACGCAGCUCUCCUUGAGCUCAACUCCACUUUGAAACUGAAGACCCUUCGUUCUUCCCUGGCCGUGAACCCCACCAACGCUCCCUAGCUCGGAAGAAAACGAGAACCAGAAAAACUUGAAAAUCUGCUACAGAGAACAGAAGGCAAAGAGCCAGGUUCUGGGCUCUCGACUUUAUUCAACGUUAGACUUACCUGAUUUCUUUCUGUGUGUGAGGGUCCAAAAUACUGGAGUGUGCGUGUGUGUGUGUGUGUGUGCGCGCGUGUAUCUUCUCCAUCAGCAAGCCAUCCUAUGCUAGUUUCUUCCGUGCACGGCUGUGUCCCUCCUGAGGGAAAUCCUCUCUCCCGAGCGCCCUGCUGUCUAUUCUAGGCCCCCAGACUCAGAUUCUUGCAUAACAAAAUAAGGACAUUUUCUGCCUUAACCUUUUUGAUUCUCCUCCCAGACCCCAGACUUUGCUCUAAGCUGCACUUUAAAUCAUACUGUCCUUUUAACACAACCUGGCUUCCUCAGCCAUGAGCCUCCCUGGAGGACGCUUCCCCCCCACCCUAACCGGCUCUUUGUAUCACCCCCUCUUCCUCGGAGCUGAAAUCCUUUCUCCGGCCGUCGGACAAGCUUUAUAAGCAGCCACGUCUGGUGAGCAGUGGGUCCCCUGACCACAGCAACCAUGGACUUGGGAUGUCAGGAGAGCACUGGGCACCCAUGUUAACCGGGAGAUUCCAGACGGGCAAAACAAGCGACAGGGCGGGUACUCAGGGUGUGACGAAGACAGAGGGUGGUGCUGAGGGACCUGGUGAAAUCGCGAAGCCGGAGUCUCCCUUGGACUAGCGGACGAGUCGUAGGCGGAGGCUUGGGAAGUAGCACGUGGGACAAAUGGAAGGUUUACCUAAGGAGAAAGCGACAGAGAUAAUAUAUAUAUGUAGACAGAUGUAUGUAUAUAGAUGUUUAUAGGACCAAAUACACUGAAUGUACAGAAAGGAGAUCUUAGCACGGGGGCAGUUCUGUUGCUCUGGUUCGGGGGGGAGGGCUCCCCGGAUUUCCAGACUUCUGCCCAGUGAUCCUGGUCUCCAUGCGGAGACAGCUGAUGAGGCUUUCAGGUUUGAGGACGGGAGAGGGAGGCGUGGAAGCCGCUCUUCAGACGCCCAUGAGGCUGCUGACACCCCCUGCGUGCUGAGGCCCGGGAGGAGGGGGACAGGAGGACACGGGGGGAGGACGCCUGGGCCAUGGGCAUCUAGAGUCCACUUACGCUGCGCGCUCCACCCCAGCAGUGUCCUGUCACUGUAGCACUUUUUUUUUUUUUGGUUUUAAAAUAAAAAGCACCUUCUGUUUCCUGGUCUUGAA